CAGUUGGCCGUGACCGGACAGAAAUUAGGCGUCAGACAGCUAGGAAAAUGCGAAAUUCAAACGCGCCGCCGGAAUGUCACCAAUGAUUGACGUUAUGAGUGAGUCACGUGACGCGACUACACCAAUUGCAAAAGAGCACAAUUUCUUGGUUAAUUUUUUCACAAAUUAACAAUAGUAAUAACAAUAAUAAUAAUAAAAAAAAUAAUAGGAGCGAAAACGGCAGUAUCCGUUUGUACUAAAACGCGCCAGCUCAUUUUGCAACGAUAACUCACGUCUUUUUGUAACUAGGAAACAUAACCUCACUUUAGUGCCCCCAGGAUGCGGCACGUAAGUUUCAUCGCACGGACCGUUUUUGUCCAGAACAACGACGUAGAGGCGGCUUUUCGCAUCCUGAACCGAAUUUUGGGGCGCGAGGGAAUUUUGGACCAAUUCCGACGGACCCGCUUUUUCGAAAAACCCUUCCAGUUCCGCCGCCGCAUUAAUUUUGAACGGUGCAAAGCCAUCUACAACGAAGACAUGGACCGCAAAAUCCAGUUCGUGCUCCGGAAAAACCGGAUGGAGCCCUUCCCCGGCAACCCGUAAUCCAACAUAGUGAGAUGUGUAAGCUUAAGCAUACAUAUUUAUUGUUACUUAAUACAUAGCCUUACUUAUAAAA